AACAGCUAACAGGGCUCGCAAAGGUGCGAGCGCACUGCGCCAAAAAUAAAUCCCUUCAAGUUGUAAAUAAGUAAAGUAUACUGAGCAGUGCAAUAUUUGUGCAGCGUAAAUUUAGAGCGGUGACCAAUUAAUGAAGAUGUUGAAAAGUCUGACACUGGGAAAAGAAGAAUAAAAGUAACGCCACGGUGAGCUCCUGUCCAGGCACGUUGGUCCAUGUUUGUUGGACCACUGGGCUCUGGGCUCAACUAGCAUGAAGAUGGCUGAUUCAGAGAAGGCAGAGGAAUUUGUAGAUGCUGAGUGCCCCUCAGAGUGCCUUGAUGAAGCACAAUCAGCCACAACAUCUGUUCAGGGAGAGCAGGACGAGCACCUAAAAACUGAGACGACCACAAGUACCAGCUCACCACCGAGGGAAAAGGAGGAUGGGAGCCCCUUGCAUACAGAGGGUGAGCAGAGUCUCCUCUCCAUGCCAUGCCUGAUGAAGGAGCUCCGCAGAGACUCCCCAGAGUCCCAGCAUGCCUCCACAGGAAGUGACAAACCCGUCUCACGUCAUAUCUAUGAGAGUGACUCCUCAAACCCCUGCAUGCUUUCCCCCUCAUCCAGUGGCCACCUUGCUGACUCAGACACACUCUCCUCAGGGGAAGAAGGUGCUGCUCCUGCCAUGGGAGAAGAGGAGGACGGCAGUAUGGAAGCUACAAAUGAUCCUGGCCAAGCGUCAGGAAAGCAAACGUCUGCCAUGGCAGCCGGUGGGAGGAAGUCUCGGCGGUCACGUUCCGAGAGCGAGAUGCCUCCCAAUGCAAUGGCUGCAAAGAAAAACCGCUGCCAUCCCACUGUGGUAGCAGCAGGAGGGCAGGAAAAACAAACCAAUGGAAAGCUGGCAAAAGUGAAAGGUCACCGGAGCCAGAAACACAAGGAGCGCAUGCGUUUGCUGAGGCAAAAACGAGAGGCAGCGGCACGGAAGAAGUACAACCUGCUGCAGGACAGCAGUACAAGUGACAGCGAGCUCACAUGUGACUCCAGCACCAGCUCCUCUGAGGAUGACGAUGAUGACACUUCAGGAGGCAGCAAGACAAUCAAGACAGAUAUUCCAGCUGGCUUCAGACGUGCAUCGGAGAGAUCCAGAGUGGGCGCCCAGAUUCAUGGGCUGCUGGACACCAGUUCGUGGGACAGGAACGGCAUCGGCAGUGUUCUGGAGGAGGCCAUGACGCGUUUUGCCGUGAUGCAGCGCCAGACUGAGGAGCGCUUCCGCAUCUGGAUGGAAAAGCUCGCACACCUCGACUCGGACAACGACUCGUCCAAACGCUCAAGUGACGCCCACGAGGGGCAGCAUCCAUCCCAAGGGGCACGCCCCUCUCCACCUAGUUCCUUUUUGCCAUCGUCAGAGUCUGCAGAGACUAUGGCUGCCUACAUGUUGGCACGAGAGAACAACAGUCUCACCCCCACCCCCAUAAACAACAACAACAUCCUACCUGAAGUGGUCACUCAGAAUGGAAAUCUAGGUGUUCCAGAUCCUGGUCUCUUGAAUGUUUAGAUUUCACUUCUACUUCACUCCUCGCAGUGUCAUACUUACCAAGUGUAGAGCUAGUUGAUGCAGAAAGCAUAGCAGUGGGUAUUAACAGGUAAACGAUGCAAGGUCACCAAACAGAUAAAACCAUCAACAGCAGCUGGGCCCAAGCUGGUCAUUGGAACUUUGACUCUACACGGACCCCCGAGGCCUGGUGCACCUGCUGGCACUGAAUCACUGUGAGAUUUGACUUUCAGAAUAAUUCAACUCACCUGUUUGAUUUCUGCAGCAUCUGGGACACGGACACGGGGCAUAUCUCAAUAGACUGUUGAGUCAGGGCUCUUAUUGUAUUGCUUAUUGUAUGGCCUGUUUCUUUUUUGUUUCACAGCUGUACACACACACACAUACACACGCGCAUACACACAUGCACACAUAACCAGUAGCUGAUUUUUUGUCAUUCAUACAGAGUGUGCAUUACAGCAGCUGGGCAGCCAUCAUUACAGUGCUAGGUGGGGUGCUGCUGCAUAAUAGCAUGUGCCUUGUCAUUCUGAAUUUGUGCUGGGAAUGAUAGAUAGCGCAUCAUAGUACUAUUUCUUUAGGAAUCAGGUUCAACACUAUACACCACCUUCCUUUCUCCUGAACUAUGUUUGCACUUUGCUUGUAAGUGGUUCAGGACUUUUAAAAACUCUUUUAUUUUUUGGUGGCAUAGCUUUACUAACAUCAUAACAUUUAAAACAACAAAUAGAUUUACCUACAAAUAUAAACUCAAUAUACUAACCCACACAAUCUCUUGCUUUUUAAAAAUCAUAUUACGUAAUUAGAUUAGAUGUGUUUACAUUUCUUUUUAACGUUUGCCUGUCUGUUACAUUUGCUGCUAUUGCUGCCUUUGUGCAGUAACAAGAAACUAGUGAGGGAGAGAUUAAUCCUGAUGUUUAUUUUUAGUGGCCUGUGUAUAGAUAAUGGACAUCAGACAAGACGGGGGGGUUCCUCUUUGUUGUGGCUAUUAGCUGCAAAACAAGAGCCUCAAAUCUUUACUCAUAUUAUAUUCACCUAGUUAAUUUUUUAUUUGCACUGGUCUGCCAGCUUGGCCUGUGUCUCCAAAAGGCACUGCGUGUUCUGCAGCUUGACUUUAAACUAAAAACCCAGGCAUCAAAACUAACAAGAUACACUAGCAGCAGUGCAGCUGCAGUACGGUGCAUGGCAAUGUUUACUGACUUCCUAAAAACUGACUGAUCUGGGUGAUCAAGUGGCCUUCUCUGGUUCAGAUCCUGUGGUCCUCUGAGGGGGGAAAACAUUCCUCCUUAACCCCUCUCCUCAAACUAUUUUUAUGAUGUAGAUGACCAUAGUGUCACGGUUCUUGACACUGACACUAUCUAACCAUCAAAGACAUCGAUUGAAGGAAUCUUUGGCCUAAUCAUAUUUAUAGUUAGGAUGUUAAAAAAAAGUGUGACAUUUUCUGUAUGUGUAUAUGUAGCCCUAAUAUGACUGUCAGUUUUACAAAACCUAAAGCUGAAAGCAUCGUUUCCCCACCUGUUUGCAUGUGAUUAUAUUAGUAUAUAGAAUGUGCAAGGCCAAAAUAAGUUCUCAUUAGCAGCAUGAGUGCAAGGUAUAGCUUUGCUUAUGCUGAUAAACGGUGACUGACAGAACAUUUUUAUCUAUUUAGUUGUUCUCUCUUGGCCUAAAUUUUUUUUAAUGUUUCAGAUGGUGUGAAUACUGGUGUUUUUGUUUCAUGUUACAUAACUACGUUGCCAAUUUUGGGUUUAAAUGGAUCUGACGACUGCUGUACUGCAUUUGUUAAAACUGAAAUUACCUUUAAAUCAACGUUUUUUGUCGACCCAGUAAAGGGAGCCUUGUGCAUACAAUCACAUACUAUGUGCAUUAAAAACAACUAAGGACAGUUCAUUGUUUACCAAAGAGACUAUCCUGGUUUACAUGAGUCCUUUUUUCUUUCUUUACUACAUGGCCUUUACAUUGACCAGUGCUUGGUUUCUCUGGUAACCCCAAUACCUGCCCGUUUUCAGCCCAAUCAGCUAUUCAUAGGCAGUGUUCUCUCAUAGUACAUGCUGUCCAGACGAAUCCCCUCACACACACCCACAGACGCGUCUGGAUAGCAGAGUGUGCGCGUCUCUACUAGGGACUCCUUUUUACAGGGUAGAACAAAGAUCCAUGUUCCCGCUCUUCCACAGAGUUCCUGUUGUGUUGUUUGGCUUUUAUUAUCCCACUGCAUUUCACUCACUGAGUAAGAUUAUUUUGAAGUGUUUUGUAAUGACUGUAUUCUAGUGUAGUUUUUAUGUGAAUGGCUGUUAUUUUAAAAGCAAUAAAUGGAGAGAAAAAAAAGGCUGCUGCAAAAGGUUUAUUAAUACACUGCAAACACGACCACUCUUACAAUAGGGCUUUACAAGGCGAUAAUAACCAUAUUCACAUAAGAAAGGAGGUUCCUUUUAAAUUGUUCAUGUUUACGACAGAAUUAGUACUAUCAAAUUAAAUUAGCCAGAAUAUCUGAGGCCUUCGCAACUAGGAAAACGGGGUGUGCUUCCUUGUAUUUAUUGUAGACGCUGCAGCGAGCAGGACUGUGAAAGCAGUGUCCGGCCUCUGUUCCAAACAGAGUCCCACUAUUCUCAGGCAUGAUUUGAAUAAUGA